GAGUGAAGUGCAUUGCAGACAGAAGCUAGAGUGUGUGGUGCUGUGCGUUGCAGAGAGAAGCUAGCGGCAACGAAAUGGAACCCAAGGCGGUGAGGUGCCUCUUCUUCCUCGCGAUGCUUCUGGUGGCCGGGCUGGGGACGGCGAGCGGCGCCGGGGAGUGCGGCCGCGUGGCCGUGGACAAGAUGGCGCUCAAGCUCGCCCCCUGCGCGGCGGCCACGCAGAACCCGCGCGCCGCGGUGCCGCCCAGCUGCUGCACCCAGAUACGCGCCAUCGGCCGCAACCCCAAGUGCCUCUGCGCCGUCAUGCUGUCCAACACCGCGCGCCAGGCCGGCGUUAAGCCCGCCAUCGCCAUGACCAUCCCCAAGCGCUGCGCCAUCGCCAACCGCCCUAAGGGAUACAAAUGCGGCCCAUACACCCUGCCAUGAGGAGCAGAUAUUUUGGAACAGGAAGGGCUGUCAAACUCUUGGAACUUUCCAACAUAUAUGAAGCUGCUGUGAUCUUUGUCACGUCAAACCUUUUCUUUUAUCUUUUCUGAAUAACAAUACGUUUUGUACUACUACUUCCUCUGUUGGAAUAAAGCAGCUUUCUGAAA